GGCCGGGGGGCCCGAGUGAAAGGCAGGCAGGCGAGGGCGGGCUAGGCGGAUUCGACGAGCGCCGCUGCGGUUGGAGAGGCGGACAGGGCGCAGCCUCCCCGGUGCGAGGAACGGUCCCCGCUGACAGAUCCCCUUCUUCCGGCCGCGCCACCCGGGAGGCGGAUCCCCGGGGCCUGAGGAGGCUUCCUCCGCCUGGCUCUCCUUCCCUCCCUCCCUCUGUCGCGGGUCAGCGGAGCGGCCUGUGAGGAGGAGCGGGAGGAGGAGGAGGUCGUCGGGGGCGGCGGGCGGAGACCGCGCUCCCCCUUCACCGGCGGCGGCGGGGGCAGGACAAUGGAGGUGGCGGUGGAGAAGACGGCGGCGGCCGCUGCUUCGGCGGCGGCCGCCGGGGGGCCCUCGGCGGCGCCGAGCGGAGAAAACGAGGCCGAGAGUCGGCAGGGCCCGGACUCGGAGCGCGGCGGCGAGGCGGCCCGGCUCAACCUGUUGGACACUUGCGCCGUGUGCCACCAGAACAUCCAGAGCCGGGCGCCCAAGCUGCUGCCCUGCCUGCACUCUUUCUGCCAGCGCUGCCUGCCCGCUCCCCAGCGCUACCUCAUGCUGCCGGCGCCCAUGCUGGGCUCGGCCGAGACCCCGCCGCCCGCCCCCGGCUCCGGCUCGCCGGUCAGUGGCUCCUCACCGUUCGCCACCCAAGUUGGAGUCAUUCGAUGCCCAGUUUGCAGCCAAGAAUGUGCAGAGAGACACAUCAUAGAUAAUUUUUUUGUGAAGGACACUACUGAGGUUCCCAGCAGUACAGUAGAAAAGUCUAAUCAGGUGUGUACAAGCUGUGAGGACAAUGCAGAAGCUAAUGGGUUUUGUGUAGAGUGUGUUGAAUGGCUCUGCAAGACAUGUAUCAGAGCUCAUCAGAGGGUAAAGUUCACAAAAGACCACACUGUCAGACAGAAAGAGGAAGUAUCUCCAGAGGCAGUGGGUGUCACCAGCCUGCGACCAAUGCUUUGUCCUUUUCAUAAAAAGGAGCAAUUGAAGCUUUACUGUGAGACAUGUGACAAACUGACAUGUAGAGAUUGCCAGUUGUUAGAACAUAAAGAGCAUAGAAUAAUUGAAGUAAAUCAAAAUCAAAAGCAGGUGGAACAGGAUAUUAAAGUUGCUAUAUUUACAUUGAUGGUAGAAAUAAAUAAAAAAGGAAAAGCUCUACUGCAUCAGCUAGAGAGCCUUGCAAAAGACCAUCGUAUGAAACUUAUGCAACAACAACAGGAAGUGGCUGGACUUUCCAAACAAUUGGAACAUGUCAUGCAUUUUUCUAAAUGGGCAGUUUCUAGUGGCAGCAGUACAGCAUUACUUUAUAGCAAGCGACUGAUUACAUACCGGUUACGGCACCUCCUUCGUGCAAGGUGUGAUGCUUCUCCAGUGACCAACAACACCAUCCAAUUUCACUGUGAUCCUAGUUUCUGGGCUCAAAAUAUUAUCAACUUAGGUUCUUUAGUAAUCGAGGAUAAAGAGAGCCAGCCACAAAUGCCAAAGCAGAAUCCUGUCGUGGAACAGAAUUCACAGCCACCAGGUGGUUUAUCUUCAAACCAGUUAUCCAAGUUUCCAACACAGAUCAGCCUAGCUCAAUUACGGCUCCAGCAUAUGCAGCAACAGGUAAUCGCUCAGAGGCAACAGGUGCAACGGAGGCCAGCACCUGUGGGUUUACCAAACCCUAGAAUGCAGGGGCCCAUCCAGCAACCUUCCAUCUCUCAUCAGCAACCCCCUCCACGUUUGAUAAAUUUUCAAAAUCAUAGUCCCAAACCCAGUGGACCAGUUCUUCCUCCUCAUCCUCAACAACUGAGAUAUCCACCAAACCAGAAUAUACCACGGCAAGCAAUAAAGCCCAACCCCCUACAGAUGGCUUUCUUGGCUCAACAAGCCAUAAAACAGUGGCAGAUCAGCAGUGGACAGGCUCCCCCAUCAACUGCCAGCAGCACGCCCUCCACACCUUCUAGCCCCACCAUUACUAGUGCAGCAGGGUAUGAUGGGAAAGCUUUUGGUUCACCUAUGAUCGAUUUGAGCUCACCAGUGGGAGGUUCUUACAAUCUUCCCUCUCUCCCAGAUAUUGACUGUUCAAGUACUAUUAUGCUGGACAAUAUUGCGAGGAAAGAUACCAGUACAGAUCAUGGCCAGCCAAGACCACCCUCAAACAGAACGGUCCAAUCACCAAAUUCAUCAGUGCCAUCUCCAGGCCUUGCAGAUAGUGAAUCCGAUUCUUACUUUCUUAAUCAUACAGAAGAAGCAUUGUCUGAAGGCUCUGGCUCUUCCAGCAAACCAGCAGGAGCAGAUUCUACACACAAAGUCCCAGUGGUCAUGUUGGAGCCAAUCCGAAUAAAACAAGAAAACAGUGGGCCACCUGAAAAUUAUGAUUUUCCUGUUGUUAUAGUGAAACAAGAAUCAGAUGAAGAAUCUAGGCCUCAGAAUGCUAACUAUCCAAGAAGCAUACUCACCUCCCUGCUCUUAAAUAGCAGUCAGAACUCUACUUCUGAGGAGACUGUGCCAAGAUCAGAUGCCCCUGAUAGCACCGGAGAUCAACCUGGACUUCACCAGGAAAAUUCCUCAAAUGGAAAGUCUGAAUGGCUGGACCCUUCACAAAAGUCACCCCUUCAUGUUGGAGAGACAAGGAAAGAGGAUGACCCCAAUGAGGACUGGUGUGCAGUUUGUCAAAAUGGAGGGGAACUCCUGUGCUGUGAGAAGUGCCCCAAAGUGUUCCAUCUUUCUUGUCAUGUGCCCACAUUGACAAAUUUUCCAAGUGGAGAGUGGAUUUGCACUUUCUGUCGAGACUUAUCUAAACCAGAAGUUGAAUAUGAUUGUGAUGCUUCCAGUCACAACUCAGAAAAAAAGAAAACUGAAGGUCUUAUUAAAUUAACACCAAUAGAUAAAAGGAAGUGUGAACGCCUACUUUUAUUUCUUUACUGCCAUGAAAUGAGCCUGGCUUUUCAAGACCCCGUUCCUCUAACUGUGCCUGAUUAUUACAGAAUAAUUAAAAAUCCAAUGGACUUGUCAACUAUCAAGAAAAAACUACAAGAAGAUUAUUCUAUGUACUCAAAACCUGAAGAGUUUGUAGCUGAUUUUAGAUUGAUCUUUCAAAACUGUGCUGAAUUCAAUGAGCCUGAUUCAGAAGUAGCCAAUGCUGGAAUAAAACUUGAAAAUUACUUUGAAGAACUUCUAAAGAACCUUUAUCCAGAAAAAAAAUUUCCUAAACUAGAAUUCAGGAAUGAAUCAGAAGAUAAUAAAUUUAGUGAUGAUUCAGAUGAUGACUUUGUACAGCCCCGGAAGAAACGCCUCAAAAGCAUCGAGGAGCGCCAGUUGCUUAAAUAAGCAGCACCAUUGGCUUGUGUUGGUUUUUAAAUAUUUUUGGUUUC